AGCAGAGGAACUACUUGUUGCCCUGUCUGACCUCAGCAGGGCGAGCGAGGCACAGGGGCCAUGUGUGAAUAGGCCUUUAGAAAGCACUGGUGGGAUGGCGAGGUUGCUGACUCAGGGGGCUCACAGUGCGCCGCCCCUGUCCUCAGCACCUGCUAGCCCAGUCAGGUCUCCAUCAGUACAGAGAGCAUGUCAGUAUCCUAGCACACAACCAAAAAUUAAGCUUCCAGGUCUGCAGAAACUUACUUUUUUGUGGGGGAAAAAAAGACACAAGACAAAACCAACGCAUUUCAGAUGCAGAGUGGCGUAGCGCUUAAUGACGAACCCAGUAAGAAGAAUAAGGAUGGCCAGAUGCGGGAGCAGGACUACUCUUCUGAAAGCCAUUACAGAAUUGUUUCACCAACAUUCCAGUAUAAGAUGAGCCACCGGCGAGUGGGAAAGUGCAUCAUCAUCAAUAACAAAAACUUUGAUGAAAAGACAGGGAUGAAUGUACGCAAUGGCACGGAUCGAGAUGCAGGCGAGCUUUACAAGUGCUUCAAGAAUCUGGGCUUUGAUGUUUUCCUUUACAAUGAUCAGACAUGUGAGAAGAUGGAGCGUCUUCUCAGAGAGGCCUCAGAAGAAGACCAUAGUGACAGCUCAUGUUUCGCCUGUAUCCUGCUAAGCCACGGUGAGGAAGGCAUGAUCUACGGCACAGACGGAGCCAUGCCCAUCAAGACGAUGACCUCGCUGUUCAGGGGGGACAUGUGCAAAAGCUUAGUGGGAAAGCCAAAACUCUUCUUCAUCCAGGCUUGUAGGGGUUCAGAAUUUGAUGAUGGUAUACAGACAGAUUCAGGUCCACCAAACGAUGCCCUCGAGACAGAUGCAAAUCCAAGACAUAAGAUCCCUGUAGAGGCUGAUUUCCUCUUUGCCUACUCCACUGUGCCAGGAUAUUAUUCAUGGAGGAACCCUGGACGUGGCUCCUGGUUUGUCCAGGCACUCUGCAACGUCCUGAAUGAGUUUGGAAAGCAGCUGGAGAUAAUGCAGAUCCUGACACGGGUCAAUUACAUGGUGGCCACCAGCUUUGAGUCCUGGUCUGAAGACCCCCGCUUCAGCGAGAAGAAGCAGAUUCCCUGUGUGGUCUCGAUGCUGACGAAAGAACUUUAUUUCAAUUGACCGCCCACCUACCUAACUGCAAUGACACCACAGACUGACCGAUUGACUGACUAGACUGACUUGACUUACUGUCAGCAUUCAGGGACGAUUCAGGCCUGGCCGGACGCUGCACAUUUCAAGCACAGAUGACAUUUUACAUGUGGACUCGGGGCCGAAAAGCACUAUGUGGGGGAAAAAACCAUUACAGUGGCACACAGCGUUCAUGUUUUGAUAGUGAAACUUCUUCCUCUUUCAGGUUCUUCCACUUCUUCAGAAUAAUGGUGUCACAUUUGAUCUGAUCUUUGUCGGCAGGCGUGAAUUAUCCAUGUUAUUCUACUAGCCCAGAAAAUUUGCUGCUAGGUUUUGUGGGUUUAUAGAAUCGUCUGAGUAUACGUCUCUCUAUUUUCCAGCAUUUGCAGUAGAUGUUGAAAGGGACUGUAUCCUAUGAACACGGGCAAGCAAGGAUGGGCAAAAGUUGGCUUUUGGUAUUUUAAGAGUCUCACCAGAAAAAAACAUCUUGUCAUUUUGAUUGAUCUAAUAUGAUUUGAAAAACAAAAUUAAGCCCCUUUUAAGAUACACUAGGCAAUUUAUAGAAAUCUUCAUUAGGAAACUGAGAUGAGUGAUUACAAGAACUUUGAUUGCUGUAGGAGUGCUGAGGGACCUGUCUUGAUUGCAGACCCUGUGCAAUGAAUUGUUAAAGAGGAAAAAGCAUUGGAAAAUGGAUUUGAUCAUUUUCAGCUACCUUUAUUUUAAUGUUUCUGCUGUCAAUUGU